CUAAUACAAAAUGUUCGCCUUGUGGUACUUGACUUUUGCUGUCGAUGAAAUACGCAAACGUUUAGCUUGGUUAUUUAAUUCUAACAAGCCUGCAGCGCCAGCGUUAGACGACAAGCCAGCGAAUCCUGCACCAGCGAAGGUUCCAGCACCUGCACCCGCUCCCGCCAAGGAUUCUCCGCCAGCUCCCGCUCCGAAACCCGCCGCGGCGGCACCAGCACCUGUUCCAAAGCCCGCGCCCGUUGUUACUCCUGCUCCCGCACCGGUUCCCCCAAAGGAGGAAGCUCCUGCCCCCAAGCCUAAGACAGAACCUGCUCCUGCUCCUGCUCCCGUGGUUGCCCCGCCGAAGCCAACCCCACCGCCUAAACCCAGCAGUCCACCAAAGACAGCCGACAAGAUGCCAAUCCCACUGCCCAAAUCCCUGACCGAAGCCAACACCAAUGGCCAGGACACCAAUGGCAAUGUCCACAAUGAAGUCGAUGAGCGUGUGUUCGGGGCAAAGCAGGCCGAGAAGGUGCUGCCGGCGGACAAGGAGGCCAGCAAUGACUUCAUCAAGGGCGAGACCAAUGCCUUCAUCCAGUCGAUCAAGGAGGCCCAGCAGCUGGGCGAGCGCAAACAAGACACCAUGGUUGAUGCCGCUGUUCUCGCUAAACUGGAGGAGGGUUAUGCCAAGCUGGCUGCCUCCGACUCCAAGUCGCUGUUGAAGAAGUACCUGACCAAGGAGGUCUUCGACAACCUAAAGAACAAGGUCACGCCCACCUUCAAGUCGACCUUGCUGGAUGUGAUCCAGUCCGGCCUGGAGAACCACGACUCCGGCGUUGGCAUCUACGCCCCCGAUGCUGAGGCCUACACAGUGUUCGCCGACCUGUUCGACCCCAUCAUUGAGGACUACCAUGGUGGCUUCAAGAAGACCGACAAGCACCCGGCCUCCACCUUUGGCGAUGUGGCCAGCUUCGGCAACGUUGACCCCACCAAUGAGUACGUGAUCUCCACUCGCGUGCGCUGCGGCCGCUCCAUGCAGGGCUACCCCUUCAACCCCUGCCUGACCGAGGCCCAGUACAAGGAGAUGGAAGGCAAGGUCAGCAGCACCCUGUCCGGCCUCGAUGGCGAGCUGAAGGGCAAGUUCUACCCCCUGACCGGCAUGGAGAAGGCCGUUCAGCAGCAGCUGAUCGAUGAUCACUUCCUGUUCAAGGAGGGCGAUCGCUUCCUGCAGGCCGCCAACGCCUGCCGCUUCUGGCCCAGCGGCCGUGGCAUCUACCACAACGAUGCCAAGACCUUCCUGGUCUGGUGCAACGAGGAGGACCAUCUCCGCAUCAUCUCCAUGCAGCAGGGCGGUGAUCUGGGCCAGAUCUACAAGCGUCUGGUGACCGCCGUCAAUGAGAUCGAGAAGCGUGUGCCCUUCAGCCACGACGAUCGUCUCGGCUUCCUGACCUUCUGCCCCACCAACCUGGGCACCACCAUCCGUGCCUCCGUGCACAUCAAGGUCCCCAAGCUGGCCUCCAACAAGGCUAAGCUCGAGGAGGUUGCCGCCAAGUACAACCUGCAGGUGCGCGGCACCCGCGGUGAGCACACCGAGGCCGAGGGUGGUGUCUAUGACAUCUCCAACAAGCGCCGCAUGGGCCUCACCGAAUACGAUGCCGUCAAGGAGAUGUACGAUGGCAUCACUGAGCUGAUCAAGCUCGAGAAGAGCCUGUAAAUUGCCCGCACACCGCCGAGCAUCGUCCCCCCAGCUGUGGUGCUGGUGAAAAUCUCUGGGCGCCACCACCUGUCCACCAUCAGUAGCCGCCAGUUGGGGCAUCACGCAACAAUCAACAACAAAUAAACAAACAACAUCAACAACAACAACA